GCUGUCGGAUAUGCCGUGGGAUGGGGGGAGGUCGGGAUAUCCGGGGGUGGGAGUGACAGAGACGUAGCGAAAAUGGUUCCUUAGAUCAUUCAAGAGGAGAGUGGAGGGGGCGAAUGAAAUGAUCCUUGCACUUGUUCGCAUCCGAGGCAAACCAAUGGUCCUGAAUCCAACAUGGAGAGAAGCUCGGGAAAGCUCACCCCGGGAGCUGACGUCACUCCAUCCAAGCAUCUGGCAAUUCAUUUCCCUGUUGGUAUCUGGCGUGAAACAGUAAGUACAUCGAAACGAAGUCCGACGACGAUGGACUAUCGUGACAUGGUGCGCAAUCAAAAACCCUCCACAGGUUUCCUGCAUGGAAGGCCAUGCUUCUUUCUAUGUCCUGAUGCGCCUGCACUUCGCCAAAAAAGAAACCCCCGCAGACCCGUCCUUAUGGUCCUUCAUAAAUCAAAAAGGUUACGAUAGCGCAACACAUGUAAGCAGUCAAAUGAGUGUCCGAAAACCAACUGGG